AUGAUUUAUUUUAUUUUACUACUUACUUCAACAUUUCAGGUGCGAACAAGUAAAUCAAAUCCAGCCCAUAUCUAUGCAGAAAAAAAUAUUAAUAAUCCAGAUUGUGCUUCUAGAAAUCUUGACCGACUUAGUUUACCACUUGGAAAAUGCGGAAUGAAAGUUGAAGAAACAGUACACGAUCAAUCUGAUGAAAAUUCUCUGAUUAAAUCUAAUAAAAUUCCCAUAUCAAGCAUUUAUCGUGCAUGUAUUACUAUCCAACUUCAUCCACUUUUUGUCACUCGUAAUGAUAGAUCGUAUUGUGCGCAAUGUGUUUACAAAAAUAUUGAUGAGAUUGAAAAUUUCCAGCAAUCACUUUCUGUGAGUGAUUCUAUGCCAUUGAACUUAGAACCAAAAUUUGAUUUGAAAUCAAUAGAAGCCAAAUGUAGCUAUGAAAUUAGACGGAAAUCAAUUAAUGGACCAUUAAUUCGUUAUGCAUUACUCGGAGAAACUGUUUAUCAUAUAUGGAAAUGUCAAGAAGAGAAUAUUCAAAUUUUGGUACAAAACUGUUAUGUAGAAGAUGACGAAGGGAAUCGUAUUCUUGUCAUUGACAGUAAUGGAUGUGGUGUUGACGAAUAUAUCCUUCCAACUCCUGUAUAUUCAGCUGAUCGCAGGACUGCUUCACAAGUAAAAAUUAAAUCUGUGAUUCACGUAUUUAAAUUUGCUGAAAAGGAAUUAACCCGAUUUACGUGUCAAAUUCGUGUUUGCUCGAUGAUAAACAAUACUUGUCAAAACUUUGCAGUUUGUUUUAUAAUAAAAUAAAU